AUGUGGUGGCACGUAGCUCGUGCUAUGCUGGAGGCACAAGAGAGUCUUAAUGCAGAGGAUGUUGGUGGAGUUAAGAAGGCUCCAUCUAGUAGAGCCACUAGCAGCUAUGGUAAUGGAGUUUGCUUCUCGUGCCAGCAGCCAGGGCACCUUACUAGGGACUGUCUUACGCCUAGUGGCGCAGUUUCGUCUUCUGCUAGUGCCUUACACGCUGUAAGGCCUAAAGCGGCUAGAGCUCUGACGACUACCAGAUUGAGAGAAGAGGGACAUGUAUUCACUACUUCUAGUUCAGGGGACAAUGGUAGUGGCAGAUGUCCCAUAGUAAUUGAGGGACGAAUGUACAAAGUAAAUCUUAUUUGUAUUCUGAUGUCAGGGUUAUAUGUAAUCCUGGGUAUGGAUUGGCUAACUGCCAAUCACAUGCCAAUUGAUUAUGGCAUAAGGUGUUUAAUUUUUCCAAAGCAGCAAGGCUGUGUUGAAUUGAUUUCUACUCGCCAAGUAGAAACAUCCUUGGGUGAGGGAGUAUCUUGUUUUGUUUUGUUGGGUGUUAUGAAUGCAAAAAUUGAGCAAAGCCUUUAG